GUUUGGUCUCCAUUGCAUCCAGUGAAUCAUUACGAUAAUGGCGACAGCACUGAGAUUACAAUACUUGAUUAUUGUUAUUGGCGUCAGCUUACAUCCGAUAUCUUCUCACGGUUUCCUUCACAAGUUUCAUGAGUCACCGUACCGCGGAGUUAAAAUAGUUAAACAUGGCGAGCCAUGUCCAACACCGUAUUACUUGCCUGUCAAAAUCGAGGUGCCUGCGCGACCCGUGGAAGAGACCGAACCACCAAAACCGUAUCAACCCUUGAAAUUGAGCUAUCAAACAUUCAACCCGCUACCUCGACCGCAAUACUUACAUCAGGAAUAUCCAGUCUCUAUAGAAGUUCCUGAAGUGCCGCUUCCGGAAAUCUCUACAUAUGUUUCACUUCCUAUGAAAUCCUACGAAUACAACAUCCAGAUCCCGCCGCCACCGAUCGAACGAAUACCGACCAUUUACAAUUUCGAUCUUCAAGCACUUCCACCGAGCCCGACGGUAAUAACGCCGAUGGAACCUCUUAAAUUUUUAACGGGACUCACCAGCAGAAUUGAUAGAAUUGUAAUUCCCGCUUGCGAAAAACCAUACUGCAAAAUUUAUGAAGACUAUAAUUACGUUUAAUAAGAUCUUUUGUGUAUAUAUAAAUAAUAAGAUACGUAAUAAUCCAACACGAAGAAAAUAAAUAAAGAAAUUUAAAAA